AUGCUGACAGAGCGAGAUGUGAAACUUCUAUCACGGCAAAGAGGAAGCGCCCUACGAAAGAUCGAACAAGACAUUGUAAUAUCUCAGUCGAAGAGGCCAAAACUCGAUCGACCGUCGUUGCCGCCACCAACGCUCGAACACAAAGAGUAUGGCUUUGACCAGUCAUUUGCUGCGCCGGACUUGGAGGAUGAUGUCCCGUUGGACGUUCCCACACGCUCUCCUACUCGAAGCCCGGUUCUUAAUGGCCUACUGACAUCACCCGAAAAUCUGUUUACGUCCCCAACGCGGUUUCCAGCUUCACCGGACCGAGCCUCGCCGGCGAGUCUACCACAGGUCCCAGAAACGCCGCCUCAGCUGCCAAAAAGUCCGCCUAGGGUUUCUACCACUCCGGAACGUCCUCGCCUAGAACCAGACUUCUCCUUCUCAGAUCUCCCAAUUUCUCAGUUGAAAUCAAACCCAAUUUCUUUGGCUUCAAUCGAAGUUAUUUCAUCAAUUCUAGAAUCACUAUUUGAAGAACAACUGAUACCACAAUCGUAUGCUGAUUUUGAUACCGCUACAGAUUCUGCUGAACAAUUCAUGCACAAGCUAGACAUAAAGCUAUUAUCCACGUUUAUCCAUGGAGUUGUGUCUGAUUUACAAGAUACUUUGGACAUCAACAUCUCGAAUAACGAAUUGUGCUCCCAAUUGAAAGACUGCGAAAGACGCAAAUUUAUAUUGAGUGAAAAGUUGCUGGAUAUCAGACAGCAAAUAAACGACUGGGAGACCGAACCAGGUAGCAAUGAGCAACUCGAGGAGCUGAGACGGAAAUCUGUUCUUAAUGAUAAGCUACAAAAUUUAGUUUCUAACCUUUCCCACACCCCCGCUAUUGGCGAGCACACAAAAGUACCCUCUUUGGAACGAAAAGUAGACGAUUUGGUACAGCUCGUUAAUCCAAAUGACGGUCUGCUAACAAAAUUACAGACUUUCAAUGAUUCUUUAGAAAAACUCUUGGAAUAA